ACCUUCAACAAAAGCGUAUUGCACAUCCACCAGAGAAUAGACAUCGUAAUGUGAAAUAGAAAACUACAAUUUGAUUUAUUUGUGAUUCAUGCGAGGCAAAGUGAAUAAGUGAAAGGUGAAUCGAAAAUAUCUUCAAUGGGAAUGCCAUUUCGUGCAUUAAUAAUAGAAGAGUAAAUAAAUAAUUCCUGUUUUGUUAUAAAAACUUACUUCUGUCUCAAUAUGUAAAAAGUUGAAGAAAAACCUGAGAAUUCCAUUGGUUUAAAGAGAAUAGGAAGGAACAAGUGAUGUAUUUACAAUGUAAUCAUUUUCAAGAGAAAAACAAUGAGAUCCAGGAAAGCAAGUGCGAAGAAAAUGGCAAGAGUGUAUGUGUUCUCUGAGUUAGAAAUCUGGAAGCAUAGUAAAUGGAGGACUAUCGAUAAAAUAAAAUAAUCGACCUAAAAGUGUAAUUUACAUUCCUGAAGUGUGCCAUAAUUGAACCCUUAGAAUUAACAAAAUUAAGUCAAUAGUAUUAUUAUAAGUUGUAAGUGAGAUGUCUGAUGAUUCUCACCCCCUCUUGGGGGGUAAAAGCCAAUUACCGACCAUAAGACAUUUUCCGCAGAGGAUCAGAAAGAAAACGAGUUGGAUAUUGAAGCCUUCAUCUUUAAGGAAGUGUGUAUUUGCUGUUAUAUUUUUUUCAAUUAUAUUGAUAAUAAUAUACUCCAGGCAAACUCGUUCUCCAUAUUUAACUACAUUCAUACAAAGGCCAACGAGACCCGAACCCAACAUCAGAUGUGGAAUAAUGAAUGGUCCCAGAAUUCUUCAAAACCAUGAUCAUAAAACAGAUGCAAGACUGCGUAGUUACCCUAAGGUUUUAGUUUUUGUAGAAACGAUGUACUCCAAAUUAGGAAGAGACAUUGCUGAACUGUUAGUUCACACAAGAAUAAAGUACAAAAUUGAAGUUUCCGGCAAAAGUGUGCCUGUCUUAACGAAUUUGGAUAAAGGACGUUACGGUGUAAUAGUAUUUGAAAAUUUCACUAAGUACCUUCAAAUGGAUAAUUGGAACAGAGAACUCUUGGAUAAAUAUUGUCGCGAAUAUUCGGUUGGUAUUAUUGGUUUCAUCGCGCCGGAAGAAGAAACUUACGUCGGUACCCAACUGAAGGGUUUUCCUUUGUUCAUCCACACCAAUCUGAAGUUGAAGGAUCUUGAAGAAAGAGUGUCUAGCCUAUUCAUACAAAGGCCAACGAGACCCGAACCCAACAUCAGAUGUGGAAUAAUGAAUGGUCCCAGAAUUCUUCAAAAUGACUGGACAGUAUUUCAACCAAAUCAUUCGACCUACGAACCUUUAGAAUGGGCUAAUAGAAAUGAUCACUUUCAACUGAAUGACAGUGGCGCUAAAACUCCCCUACCCACCGUUAUCCAAGAUCAUGGCUUGUACGAUAACAUCCAGAGGGUCAUAUUUGGUUCAGGUUUGAGGUUUUGGUUGCAUCGUCUUUUGUUUCUGGACAGCUUGAGUUACCUCAGUCACGGGCAGCUGAGUUUAUCUUUGGAUCGUAAAUUCCUUGUCGAUAUUGAUGAUAUAUUUGUGGGAGAAGUUGGCAUCCGGAUAAGGCCUGAAGAUGUCAAAGCUUUGAUAAAUACACAAGCAAGAUUAGCUAGCAUGGUUCCAGGAUUCAAAUUCAAUUUAGGCUUUUCUGGAAAGUAUUUUCAUCACGGCAAUAGUGAGGAAAAUAAAGGAGAUGAUCUAAUUUUAGAGAAUAUCGAUAAAUUUAUGUGGUUCUCACACAUGUGGAAUCAUCAGCAACCGCAUUUGUACGACAAUAUCACAUUACUUAUGGAAGACAUGGUGCUGAAUAAGAAUUUUGCCAAAGAAAAAGGAAUACCUGUCGAUUCGGGUUAUUCAAUUUCCCCGCAUCACUCUGGGGUUUACCCAGUACACGAACCGUUAUACACUGCUUGGAAAAAAGUUUGGAACAUUAGAGUUACUUCCACUGAGGAAUACCCACAUUUGAGGCCUGCUAGGUUGAGGAGAGGAUUCAUACACAGGAACAUAAUGGUGCUACCUCGUCAAACUUGCGGUUUGUUCACACACACCAUGCUCAUAGAUAGGUAUCCAGGUGGUAGGGAUAAGUUGGAUGAGUCGAUACAGGGUGGGGAAUUGUUUCAAACCAUCAUAUACAACCCAAUUAAUAUUUUCAUGACACAUAUGUCAAACUAUGGAAAUGACAGGUUAGGUCUUUAUACCUUUGAAUCGGUCAUAAAAUUCAUCCAAUGUUGGACAAAUAUCAAGUUGUCUUCAGCACCUCCCCUUCAAUUGGCUGAAAGUUACUUCAAACUGUAUCCUGGUGAAGCGGAUCCUGUAUGGGGGAACCCCUGUGAUGAUCAAAGACAUCAAAAAAUUUGGUCGAGAAAUAAAUCGUGCGAUUCGCUUCCAAAAUUUUUGGUGAUAGGACCUCAAAAGACUGGUACAACGGCGCUUUAUACUUUUCUGUCUCUUCAUCCGGCAAUAGCUAGUAAUUUACCUAGUCCAACAACUUUCGAAGAAAUCCAGUUUUUCAAUGCACAUAAUUACCUGAGAGGAUUGGAUUGGUAUAUGGAUUUUUUCCCAACUGAUGCAAACUCCUCAACAAAAUACUAUUUUGAAAAAAGUGCUACUUAUUUCGAUGGGGAACUGGUGCCAAGAAGGGUGCAUGCUCUGCUGCCUCACGCGAAACUCAUAACAAUUCUAAUAUCGCCUGCUAAAAGGGCCUACUCUUGGUAUCAACAUACGAAAGCCCAUGGUGAUAUUAUUGCUAAUAACUACAGCUUCCAUCAGGUUAUUACUGCCACCGAUACAGCUCCCAAACCUCUGAGAGAUCUGAGAAACAGGUGCCUCAAUCCAGGAAAGUAUGCUCAGCACUUGGAAAGGUGGAUGAAUUACUUUCUUCCCCAGUCAUUGCAUAUUAUAGACGGGGAAGAAUUGAAAAGCAGUCCUGUAGAAGUAAUGAACGAGCUGCAAAAGUUUUUGAAAAUUACACCUUUCUUCAAUUACACUGAACACUUAAGAUUUGACCCUAAGAAAGGGUUCUUUUGCCAAAUAAUAAACGGAGAUCACACGAAAUGUUUGGGACGCAGCAAAGGUAGACAGUACCCCCCGAUGGAAGAGAAGUCUCUGAAGUACCUGCAGAGAUACUAUUUGAGCCACAAUACAGCUUUAGUGAAAUUAUUUAAGAAAAAUGGGAUACGGACAAUUCCAAAUUGGCUCAAAUCAGAUUUAUCUGAUAAAACAGAUAAAGAUAGUUAUUAAUCUGUCAAGUGUCGUGUUCAUUAAUAUUUUAUUUAUUUCUAUUUUAUUAAAAAUACGAGAACCUUCUCUUUGGGAGGUUAGACAUUUCUUUAAUGUAAAUAUUCAAAAUAUUAUUUUUGUACUUACUUUAAAGUUAUUACUUAAUUUAGGAACUUGCCCCCUUACUUUGAAAUCUUGCUAAGUUUCACCCUCUACACUAACAUCAUCAAACCACAAAUGCGACUGAAGAUAUAUCUUUCUCUAAGCCAGUUGAAUAAUUUUUAGCUUUCCACAAGAUCGGAAAAUAAAGAAAUGGGAUGAUUUGACUCUAGAAAGAUUGAAUACUUUCAUGUAUUCAACAGCAACCACCUAACCUAUUUUGUUUUGAUAAGAUAGAAAUUGUUAGACAUUAAAGGAAUUAUCCGUCGGAGAGGAUUCAUACAAAAAAAUAUUUAUUUGUUAAUCAUGAGUUUUGCAGCGCCACCUGUCUCUAAGGGUUGGAAAUCGAGGUGGUAAAAUUUCGAUUUGAUGGCAUUCAAAAAAUAUCGAAGGAGUCAUAUCAACUUGAUUGAAUUUCCGCUAUGUCAAACAUAACUGAUUUACAUAAAUGUUCAUGUUUUGUUAAGGGGGAGAAAUUUCAAUAUAGCAAGGUUUCAACAUAUUGAAACUUUUUUGUUCAAGAAAUACUAACAAUUAACCAAAUUUUCCAGAUUCCAGUGAGGGUCGGUGUGCACAAAUAAUUAUAAAAUAUAGAGUGUCCUUAACCAUUGACAGUAUUCACUUCAGUGAUACCUGUGAUGGUUGAAGCAGCUGAUGUUAUUUAAAAAAAGAUAGGAGUUCGAAUGAGGCAAAUGCCGUUUUAUUAAAUUUUGCACUGUCUAUUUUUAUCCACUUAAUUUUUUAAUAAAUCUGAACCAUUUCAAAAAUUUUACUGAGACUUUUUAAGAGGAUCAAUAAUUGUCAAAAUGUGAAUAUCUCGUUUCUUUUCAACUUGUCAACUAUGAUUUCAAAAUCAUAAGGUUUUUUUGUCUGGCAUUAUCGAAUUUUUUAUACAGCCUUUUAUAAAAUGGAAAGAUACUGACUGGUAAGAUACCGUAAUGAAAACAUUUUGCUGAGCACAAACAUUUCUGUAGAUCUUUUCAUUGAAAAUUUCGGCAAUAAGGACAAUGAAAGUUUUAUACAUAUCAUUGAAUGGUGGCAAUAUGCGUUCUCUGUUAAUUUUGAGAAAUUUCAAUAUUUCCAUGAAUUAGACUUUCAUUAUGAAUAUGUUAUAUUUAGUGCAGAAUUGAUAUUUCUAUGGGAAUAACUAAGAGUUUGUUUCGUAAAACCCAAAAUUGUUACUCAAUGAGAAUAACUGUAUUUCUGAUGUGUUAAAGGUCACUUUUUUCAACAUUCAUGAUGUCUACAACAGUAUUUUUACAAUUAUCCUCCUGUCUUAUAAAAAAAUCAUCUGUUUCCCUAUAAAAAUGGAUUGAAGUUUUGCAAUAUCAUAAAUACUUUUUUUUCAGCUAAUCAGAAGUAUUUCCUAUGCCAAAAAAGAGUGGUUGUAAGUUUAUGUUGCCAUAUGAAUUUUAACCCUGUUCAUGAGUAACAAACACAAGGAAACUGAAGGUCAUCUAGCAAACUAGUUUUUGAAUUAAUAAUUCAAUCAUCAGUGCCUAUAUUGAAUUCUUAUGUGCAUCAUUUUUAUAAUUUAAUUUUAUCCAACUGUGUGUAGAAAAAAGGAACAAAAAAUCAAUAUGCAAUAGUAACUUGCGUCCGAUAAUAGAGCUUAUCUCUCAUAUUGUAUACUUUUGCUCUGUGAGUAAUCAAUUUGUAAAUUAUGCUACUGAAACUACCAUUAAUAUUUGAUGUAUUGACUCCAUUGAAUAGAUAAUGAAAUUUGGAAGGGAUUCAUCAAUGAAAGUUUCCGGAUUCCAAUUGCUAAAUCGUCUUCAUAUUUAAUUAUCUGCUCAAUGAUGAUGAUGAAUUAGUGAAUCUUGUAUAUAGAUAUUCAUUGUAUAGAAAACUUCAGAUCAAUAAAAAAAUGGACUCUCAUGCGAAAACAUAUCCCAAUGACUAGCAAUUGUAUGUAUGUCUGUUUGAUUAGAUCCUCGACAAAGAAAAUUGUUUCAUGAAAAAUUCUCAUUUUUAAGUACUGUGAUGGACUUCAUUCAUUAUUCAAUAAACUGGAUUUUUUUUCUUGAUCACAAACACAUUUUAGCCUUCAUCAUGAGAUUCACAUUUCUUGAAAAUGAUAUAUUGAUACACUCAAUUAGUAAUGUUUGGUGAGGAUCAUAUCGACAGCCAAAAUGAUGUUUUGGUGAAGUACUGUAUUGUACAUAGCUGUGCCAUUUUGUAAAUAUUUAUGUUUUCAUUUCAUUAUUUGAUGAUAUACAUCACUUAAAAAAAUUGAAUGUUAUAAUAAACUCAUUAGUGUUGCUAUUUGUA